AUGUCAAACAAGUCGCCGUUCAAAAAGUCUAUACCGUACGAGUUCAAAGACUUGACUCUCAUUGACACGCGGUCGUUGAUCGGAGGCCAAUGGGUUGGUGCCGCGUCGGGCAAGACGUUCAAACUUACGGACCCGGAGGACGAUGCUGAGAUCUGUGACAUCGCCGACCUGGGCGCUGAAGACACCCGCAACGCCAUCGAAGCGGCGAGCAGAGCCUUCGAGACGUACAGACUCACCCCCCACCGGGAGAGGCGGUGGCUGAUGCGGCGCUGGGCCGACCUGAUCAAGGCCAACAGGGAAGACCUCGCGGCAUUGUGCACUCUCGAACUAGGCAAGCCGUACACCGAGUCACUCGGCACCGUACAGUAUGCGGUCGACUUUAUCGACUGGUUCGAGGGCGGCAUCGAGCGCACCUUCGGCGAGACCAUCCCUGCGGCGCGCGGGAACAACCGAAUCCUGACGAUCCGGGAGCCUCAGGGCGUGGUCGCCUGCAUUACGCCCUGGAACUCGCCCGUGGCCAUGGUCACCCGCAAGGUGGGCGCCGCGAUCGCAGCCGGCAACACGGUCGUGUGCAAGCCAGCGCCCGAAACGCCACUGUGUGCGAUUGCGCUCGCCAAGCUGUUUGAGCGCGCGGGCGGCCCGCCUGGCGUGUUCAACAUCGUCACUGCCGGCGUCGAGAACACUCCGGCGAUCGGCGAGGAACUGUGUAGUCACCCGGCGGUCAAGCACCUGAGUUUCACGGGGUCGACCGCCGUGGGCCGUCUGCUGAACACGAUCUGUGCCAAAACGAUCAAGAAGACCAGUCUUGAGCUGGGCGGGAACGCCCCGUUUAUUGUGUUUGAAGAUGCCAAUAUCGAGAAGGCUGUGGCGGGUCUCAUUACUUCCAAGUUUAGAUCGUCGGGGCAAACAUGCGUCUGUGCAAAUCGCAUCUUCGUGCAUGCAUCAAUACUGGACAAGUUCGCAGACGCCUUGACGGACGGGUUGAAACGCACUUUCACCUACGGGUCCGUGUGGGACAGAAAGGUCAACUUCGGGCCGUUGUACGCCGGAAAGGGCAUCGCGAAGGUGGAAGAUCAUUUGGACGACGCUCUGGGCAAGGGAGCUCGGGUCCAUGCCGGCGGCAAGGACAACACCCUGGGCCCCAACUUCUUCCCCGCGACGGUGGUGAAGGGAGGCACGGCGGGGAUGAAGUUCAUGAAGGAAGAGACCUUCGGCCCACUGGCCUUUCUGGCCCCUUUCCAGACCGAGGCGGAGGUCAUCAAGAUGGCGAACACGUCCGACGUCGGCUUGGCCGGGUACUUCUACACCGAGGACAUUUCGCGGCUGUGGAGGGUCAGUGAAGCGUUGAAGGUGGGCAUGGUCGGGGUCAGAGUCGGGCUGGUCAGCGCGGCUGAGGCGCCGUUCGGCGGUGUCCUGGAGAGCGGAUUGGGCCGGGAAGGAGGCAUCGCGGCGCUGGAGGAAUACUUGAAUAUCAAAAGCAUAACGAUCGGUAUCUGA